AUGUCUUAUGGAAGUCGGCGUCUAAGUCAAGUUCCCAGUCAAUCAAGCUCUUCCAAAGUGGAUAACGGAUUCAUCAACCUGGGGGAAAGCGGCGUAGUCCGGGAGAUUGGCUCGCAAGCAGUCUGGUCGCUCUCAUCAUGUAAGCCCGGCUUCGGCGUGGACCAACUGCGCGACAACUGCCUGGAGACGUACUGGCAGUCCGAUGGCCCCCAGCCGCACCUGGUGAACAUUCAGUUCCGCCGAAAGACGACCAUUCUCGACAUUGGCCUCUACGCCGACUACAAGAUGGAUGAGAGCUACACACCGAACCGAAUCUCAAUUCGAGCGGGCAACCACUUUCACGACAUUCACGAAGUCGAACUGGUGGAGCUAAACGAACCGGCCGGCUGGGUGGUGGUGCCGCUGCUGGACUCAAACAGUAAGCCCAUUCGCGCAUUCCUCAUUCAAAUCGCCAUCCUCAGCAAUCACCAAAACGGUCGCGACACGCACAUUCGACAAAUUAAAAUCCACUCACCGGUGCGCGACUCGGUCGUUUCAGUGCUCAAGUAUCAGACCAAGUUCAAGACGGUGGAGAUGUCACAACACGCCUGUAUUAGGUAG